AUGGCGGAGUUCAAUGCAGCAGUUUCUCGAGUGUGUUCUAUUUUUAAUAUUUCUAGUUUAUUUGACGAGCAAAAGGAGGCUCUAAAAGUUGCACUCGGUGGAAAAAGUGUCUAUGCCAGCUUACCAACCGGUUAUGGCAAAUCAAUGAUUUUUUACGCACUUCCAAUAGCUUUCGAUCUGGUCAACAAACGACAAGAAGGGUCGUCAACCGUUUUGGUGAUCUCGCCACUACAAAGUCUAAUGGAGGACCAGGUUUCCUACUUGAAAUCCUUGGGACUGUCAGCAGUUGCUUUGCACGAAGAGCAAAGUGACAAUAUCCUCGAAAAAGUUGAAAGUGGGAAGUUCAUGUACGUCUUCGCAUCGCCGGAAAAAAUGCUGAGUACAACAAAGUGGCGAAGACUGUUCGACAACAGCUCCUUUAAGAAGUCUCUUAUAGCUGUUGUCGUAGAUGAGGCCCACUGUAUCAGCCAGUGGGGCCUGUCAAGUCAAGGUUCGAAGAUUCCUUUUCGUUCUUGGUAUGUACACAUAGCAACUUCAUUCUAA